GGUCAUUAAGAAAUAAACAGUCUUGGUGACCUGUGGGACAAUAUCAAGUUAUCUAACACAUGUGUAAUUGGAGUUCCAGAAGGAGAGGGGAGGGGGUAAAAAAUAUUUGAAAAAAUCAUGGCCAAAAUUGUUCUAAGUUGAUGAAAAAUAUAAACCCAAAGAUCCUAAGAAUGAAAUAAACCCCAAACAGCAUAAACACAAAGAACACACACAUUAUACUCAAACUGCUAAAAACCAAUUAUAAAAAGAAAUAUUAAAAACAGCCAGAGAACUCUCUGGGCUUGAAGCUAUUUGUGGCAACAUGGCUACAUGCGCCAAGAAGGUCAGUAUCAUUGGUAUAUGUGGGACCUGUUAUGGCACCUCCUUCAGGAAAAUGAUGAAAAAAAUUGAAGUCAGCCAACAUGUCAAGCAUAUUUGCUCCUGUGGAAAAACCAAAAUGGAGAGACAAGCCGUGGAAAUCUGGCAUUGUUGUUCCUGCAUGAAAACAAUAGUCAGCGGUGCUUGGACCUACAAUACCACCUCUACAGUCACAGAAAGUCUACCAUCAGAAGACUGAAAGAAUUGAAAGACCAGUAGAAGCUCCACCAUUUGAAACAUCUCUAGCCUAUAAUAAAUGGGUUAAUUUAUGUAACAACAA